AUGUCUAUUUUGGUGAACGGAUCUCCAACAAAAGAUUUUUGGGUUGAAAGGGGAUUAAGACAAGGUGACCCUUUAUCACCUUUCUUAUUCACUUUGAUUGCGGAAGGUUUGGCUCGUUUGUUCAAGAGGGCGUCAGAUAUAGGAAAGUUCGAAGGAUACACAGUGAGCGAAAAUUCUAAUGUGAGCCUUCUUCAAUUCGCUGACGAUACCAUGGUGGUGGGGAGAGGUUGUUGGAAGAAUCUCUGGAGCAUUAAGGCAAUAUUUAGAGGUUUCGAACUUUUAUCGGGUUUGAAAGUGAAUUUCUUCAAGAGUAAGAUAUAUGGUGUCAAUAUUAAGGAGGACUUUAUGGACCGCGCUUCUCAAUUUCUGUGUUGUUGCAGGAACUUAAUUCCUUUCAAAUUUCUAGGCAUUCCGGAGGGAGCGAAUCCGAGGAGAUGUAUCACUUGGAAACCUGUUUUUGAAAGCUUAAAGAAGAAGCUAUCAAUAUGGAAGGCUCAGUUGUUGUCUAUUGGCGGAAGAGUGACUUUAAUAAAUGCCGAAGAUGGAACCGAAUGGAGUCGUAUUCUGAGAGCUAGAUAUGGCGAUAUCAAACACUCUGUGUUGGCUGGCCGUGGGCAAAGGGCAAACAGAAAACUCUCAACUUGGUGGAAAGACAUCCUUACGGCAAGUGUGUCGAAAACUAACUUUGUGGAUUAUUUUGCAGGAAACAUAUCUUUCAAGCUCGGGUCAGGUUCAAACAUUCAAUUCUGGCACAUCAUUUGGUCAGGGAAUAACAACCUCGAAAAUCAAUUUCCGGCUGUAUACAAUCUGUCACGGCUUCAAAAUGGUUCAAUAGCUGAGAUGGGCGCUUUUCAUAGGGGAAAUUGGUCCUGGAAUGUUAACGUACCAGCAGAGUCAUUGCUGGCAGAUCCAGUAGCAGCGGUUGAAGCUUUGGAACUCAUUCAGCGCAUCGCCAUGACAAAACCGAUAGAAGAUGCUACGGACAUGGUCAUUUGGAGGCACAACCAGGACGGUGUCUUCUCGGUGAAAAGUUGCUACAGUCUGAUUCGGGACAGAAACAAGGAAGAUAUCUUGCCAAACGAGACUCUAAAGGCCUUAAUGAUGGUUUGGGAGACUAAUAUCCCCUCAAAGAUCAAGGUGUUUGGUUGGAGAGUUUUACUCAAUAGACUACCUUCUAGAGAUCAAUUGGUGAAGAGAAAGAUUAUUCAAAAUGAUGAGGAGAAAGUGUGUGUUCUGUGCGCGGCAAAGGAUGAAGACUUGGAACACUUAUUGUUCAAUUGCAGCUUUAGCCAAAAGGUGUGGGACAAUAUGCAAGGGUGGUUGAAACUGAAUAUGGUGGAACAAGCAACAGGAUUAAACCAUUUGUUUCUUUUUACUCAAGGUUUGAAAGGGAAGGUAAAAUAG